CAUACGCUUACCGAAUUGCGGAGACAUAGACCGAGUAUUCGACUUGCUGAUACCUUCCAUCCACAUUUGACCUGAAGGAUGCCAACGUCCGCCUCCGCAGACAAUCGUCAUCUUCGCGAGUGUUGCAGCCAGAUUUUCGUCAAUUCCGUUGUCGCAUUCGGGCCCAGAAAUGCCACGAUCGGGCCAUAGCACGGAGAUUUGCAUCCCCGGACUCUAGGAAUACGAUAUCUUUCGGUUGAUGCCAUUCGCAUAAUUCAAGAUGAUCCGAAGGACCAGGCUGUGCACAGUACUUGAAUGGACCAAGUUUACGGCUUUGCCAGCCUUACGAUUACUGCAUCCUCCAGCGAAGACAAAUGGGAAGGCUUGUUUUGUCCCAGGCAAGAACAAAAGAGUAUUCCGUCCUCUACCCUUCCUCACAGUGGGCACCAUGUACUUCUCACAACGGGCUGGACUUCUUCGCACAUCGUGGACAGAUCUCCACUUGCAAGGAGAGCAUGGACCUUGCAAGAAGAUAUACCCUCUAGACUGGCCGUCUAUGUUAGUCGGGAUCAGUUGUAUUGGAAUGAUCUAGAGCACUUUCCUGCCGAUGACGGUCUGACGUAUCCGCAACUGGGACCAGCUGGUUUUCUUUCCGCAGAAGGUUCGCCGGUCCAGACUUGGUCCUGGCUGCUCAACCGUUGGCGAAGGGUUGUCGACAAUUAUGCUCCACGGAAUCUUUUCGCCGCAAGCCAUAUAUUUAUCGGCAUUGGCCGGCCUAGCAGGUCAAUUUCAGAAACGCACGAGUGCUACCUACCUGGCGGGACUGUAGCUGGAGGAACUGCCUCUCGCUCUCUGGUGAACGACAAGGGCGACCGACAUAGCCAAGAGGGUCCAACGACGCUGUCCAGGAUGGCCCUGGUCAUGGGCUUCCCUCACUGGAGCACUCCAGUAUGACGGGUACGUGACCUCGUGACCUUCUCCUCUGCUGAAAGUCCUCUGGAGCAGCUGGAAGUUCUGCGGUGCGAAAUCGCGCUCAGAGAGGCGGCGAACCCGUUUGGUGAGGUUACAAGUGCAGUUUUGCGUGUCCGCGCAAAAACGCGGCGACUACGUCGUGCUCUUGUCAGACGGCGAGCACGCCGGUCGGGAAGAAUUGUGUUAGGCUAUGCUCUGCACCACCGCCCCAAGUGAUCUUCAACGACGAGACGGUGCCAGACGUGCCGCUUCCAGAGGAAUACUGUGUCUUCUACUGGAUCGGCCCGGAACUGCGCAAGGUGACUAUCAGUGUGUGUUCAUUGCCAUCGAAGAGGUGCAUUGUGGGUACAGUAGAAUUAGUGCAGGUUAUAUCGAUGGCCCUUCAUGGUUUGCCUCGACUGAUCCUGUGGAUCUGAUAUUGGUA